UCUUCUUCUUCUUCUUCUUCUUUUGUACAGUGUUUCAUUAACAUACAAUGGCUUCUUUAGUAUCUUCACCAUUCACACUACCGAGUUCUAAAACCGACCAACUCUCUGCUAUUUCACAGAGACAUCUCUUCCUUCAUUCUUUCCUUCCAAAGAAGGCAAACUGCCAUGGAAACUCAUCAAGAUCUUCCCUCAGAGUGAAAUGUGCUGCAAUUGGCAAUGGCCUCUUCACACAAACCACACCAGAAGUUCGUAGAAUAGUUCCAGACAAGAACAACAACAACCAGAACCUUCCAACGGUUAAGAUUGUAUAUGUGGUUCUUGAAGCUCAGUACCAGUCAUCUUUGUCUGCUGCAGUUAGAGCUCUCAACAGCAUCAACAAAGAUGCUUCCUUUGAGGUUGUUGGUUACUUGGUCGAGGAGCUUCGCGACGAAGCCACUUACAAGACAUUCUGCAAGGAUUUGGAGGACGCCAAUGUCUUCAUUGGCUCAUUGAUCUUUGUGGAGGAACUUGCCCUUAAGGUUAAGGCUGCUGUGGAGAAAGAAAGGGAGAGGCUUGAUGCAGUUCUUGUGUUCCCAUCAAUGCCUGAGGUGAUGAGGCUCAACAAAUUAGGCUCGUUCAGCAUGUCACAGCUUGGACAAUCCAAGAGCCCCUUUUUUCAGCUCUUCAAGAAGAAGAAGACCUCUUCUGCAGGUUUCGCUGACAGCAUGUUGAAGCUUGUGAGGACACUGCCAAAGGUUUUGAAGUACUUGCCAAGUGAUAAGGCUCAAGAUGCUAGGCUCUAUAUCCUGAGCCUGCAGUUUUGGCUUGGCGGUUCGCCUGAUAACUUGCAGAAUUUCUUGAAGAUGAUUUCGGGGUCUUAUGUUCCGGCCUUGAAAGGGACAAAGAUGGAGUAUUCGGAGCCAGUUUUGUACUUGGACACCGGAAUUUGGCAUCCUUUAGCACCUUGUAUGUAUGAUGAUGUUAAGGAGUAUUUGAAUUGGUAUGGAACAAGAAGGGAUGCUGAUGAGAAGCUUAGGAGUCCGAAUGCGCCGGUAAUUGGUUUGAUUUUGCAGAGGAGCCAUAUUGUGACUGGAGAUGAUGGUCAUUACGUGGCUGUGAUCAUGGAGCUGGAGGCCAGAGGGGCCAAGGUUAUUCCGAUUUUCGCUGGAGGACUUGACUUUUCGGGACCAGUGGAGAGGUUCUUGAUUGAUCCAAUUAGUAAGAAACCGUUUGUGAAUUCGGUUGUGUCCCUAACCGGCUUCGCCCUUGUUGGAGGCCCUGCCAGGCAAGACCAUCCGAGAGCAGUUGAGGCAUUGAGCAAGCUAGAUGUUCCUUAUAUUGUUGCAUUGCCAUUGGUGUUCCAGACAACAGAAGAGUGGCUGAACAGUACUUUGGGUUUGCACCCAAUUCAGGUUGCUCUUCAAGUUGCCUUACCCGAACUAGACGGUGGUAUGGAGCCAAUAGUUUUUGCUGGCCGAGAUCCAAAAACUGGAAAAUCUCACGCUCUUCACAAGAGAGUGGAGCAGCUCUGCACUAGGGCGAUCAAGUGGGCUGAACUGAAAAGAAAAUCAAAGGAAGAGAAGAGACUAGCAAUUACUGUCUUUAGUUUCCCACCAGACAAAGGAAAUGUAGGAACUGCUGCCUACCUGAAUGUCUUUGCCUCCAUAUUCUCUGUUCUCAAAGAUCUUGAGUAUGAUGGUUACAAUGUUGAGGGACUUCCGGAGACUCCAGAAGCCUUGAUCGAAGAAGUAAUACAUGACAAAGAAGCUCAAUUCAGCAGCCCUAAUCUGAACAUUGCUUACAAAAUGAGUGUCCGGGAAUACCAAAAACUUACUCCCUACGCCACAGCACUAGAAGAAAACUGGGGAAAACCACCGGGGAAUCUGAAUGCGGAUGGAGAGAACCUGUUGGUAUAUGGUAAACAAUAUGGUAAUGUUUUCAUAGGUGUUCAGCCCACCUUUGGUUAUGAAGGCGAUCCUAUGCGGUUGCUUUUCUCUAAAUCUGCUAGCCCACAUCAUGGAUUUGCAGCCUAUUACUCUUUCGUCGAGAAAAUAUUCAAAGCCGAUGCUGUCCUUCACUUCGGGACACAUGGUUCACUUGAAUUCAUGCCUGGAAAGCAGGUUGGGAUGAGUGAUGUAUGUUACCCAGACAGUCUCAUUGGCAAUAUUCCCAAUGUCUAUUACUAUGCUGCAAACAAUCCUUCUGAAGCCACCAUAGCAAAACGUAGGAGUUAUGCCAACACCAUUAGCUAUCUCACUCCUCCGGCAGAAAAUGCAGGACUCUACAAAGGUCUGAAGCAACUAAGUGAACUCAUUUCGUCGUACCAGUCUCUCAAGGACACUGGCCGUGGGCCACAAAUUGUCAGUUCAAUUAUCAGCACAGCCAAACAAUGCAAUCUUGACAAGGAUGUCGCCCUGCCGGACGAGGGCGAAGAGCUCCCAGCUAAAGAGAGAGACCUUGUAGUUGGAAAGGUGUAUUCUAAGAUCAUGGAGAUCGAGUCUCGCCUUUUGCCAUGUGGGCUGCAUGUCAUUGGUGAGCCCCCAUCAGCCUUGGAAGCAGUUGCUACUCUGGUGAAUAUUGCUGCUCUUGACCGUCCUGAAGAUGGCAUUUCUUCACUCCCAUCUAUACUAGCUGAGACUGUGGGAAGAAACAUAGAGGAAGUUUAUAGAGGGAGCGACAAAGGAAUACUGAAGGACGUGGAGCUCCUUCGGCAAAUAACCGAAGCGUCCCGUGGAGCAAUUACUUCCUUUGUGGAGAAAACAACUAAUAAGAAGGGUCAAGUUGUUGAUGUAUCAAAUAAACUUACCUCAAUCCUUGGGUUCGGCAUAAAUGAGCCAUGGAUUCAGUACUUGUCAAACACCAAAUUCUACCGUGCUGAUAGGGAAAAACUCAGAACAUUGUUCGAGUUUUUGGGGGAGUGUCUGAAGUUGGUUGUGGCUGACAAUGAAUUGGGAAGUUUGAAACAAGCUUUGGAGGGUAAAUACGUCGAGCCAGGACCCGGUGGUGAUCCAAUUAGAAAUCCUAAAGUUCUGCCAACUGGAAAGAACAUUCAUGCGCUCGACCCACAAGCUAUUCCUACUACUGCAGCAAUGCAGAGUGCUAAAAUAGUAGUAGACAGAUUGAUUGAGAGGCAGAAGGUUGAUAAUGGAGGGAAGUAUCCUGAAACUAUUGCACUUGUAUUAUGGGGAACAGACAAUAUCAAAACAUAUGGUGAAUCCCUGGCUCAGGUCUUGUGGAUGAUUGGUGUGAGACCAGUGGCCGAUACUUUCGGAAGGGUCAACCGUGUGGAACCUGUCAGUCUUGAAGAGCUUGGAAGGCCUAGGAUUGAUGUCGUCGUUAAUUGCUCGGGAGUGUUCAGAGACCUUUUCAUCAAUCAGAUGAAUCUUCUGGAUAGAGCAGUGAAGAUGGUCGCCGAGUUAGACGAACCAGCCGAGCAGAACUUUGUAAGGAAGCAUGCAUUGGAGCAAGCUCAAUCCCUCGGGAUUGAUGUUCGGGAAGCUGCAACAAGGAUCUUCUCCAACGCCUCAGGGUCAUACUCUUCAAACAUUAACCUGGCUGUGGAGAACUCCUCAUGGAAUGAUGAGAAGCAGCUUCAGGACAUGUACCUUAGCCGAAAGUCUUUCGCAUUCGACUGUGAUGCUCCCGGUGCAGGCAUGAUGGAAAAGAGAAAAGUGUUCGAGAUGGCUCUGAGCACAGCAGACGCCACAUUCCAAAACCUUGACUCAUCAGAAAUCUCCCUCACUGAUGUCAGCCAUUACUUUGACUCGGACCCAACUAACUUGGUUCAAAAUCUAAGGAAAGAUGGGAAGAAGCCAAGUGCUUACAUUGCUGACACCACCACAGCCAAUGCGCAGGUGCGGACCCUUGCUGAGACGGUUCGACACCGGGUAUGAAGGUGUCCGUGAGAUCGAGAAGAGGCUGACCAACACGGUCGGGUGGAGUGCAACUUCAGGCCAAGUUGACAACUGGGUAUACGAAGAAGCCAACACAACAUUCAUUCAAGACGAGGAAAUGCUGAAGAAGCUCAUGAACACCAAUCCCAACUCCUUCAGGAAGCUGGUGCAGACAUUCUUGGAAGCCAAUGGGCGCGGCUAUUGGGAGACUUCAGAAGAUAACAUUGAGAAGCUGAGGCAGUUGUACUCUGAAGUUGAAGACAAGAUUGAAGGCAUUGAUCGCUGAAAGUGCAAUGCUUCUAUGGAUGAGACUUGAUAUGAAUACACCAUAUACCAAAAUAAUGAAGAGAGAUUUUUAACUGCUGAUUUUAACUGUGUACCAAUGUACAAUCUUUGUCUCUUGAGACUCCUUGCCAUGCAGUACCCAUAGUUGUUGCGUUGCCAAUGCCAUCCAUUUAUUGUGAUUUUUGUUGUCUUUUUAUUCUCUUUUUCCUUGUAAUUUUUGUUCAUUCCCCGGGACCACUACAUCCUUUUGUGCAGUUGCCAAAUGCCAAGUGAAUAAUAAGUACAGCUUCCAUUUUAGAACUA